AUGAAUCUCAACAAAGAUUUCAUUUGCUCCCCAUUCACAGUACUGCCCGAGGGAUUAUCCUCUGAUCAUGACCCUUGCGGCAGGUUGGACGACUUCAGCUACCGUGCGAUCGGCGAGCCCUUCCAAGGAGCCUCCCUUCCUCCAUCGUCUCAGCUCCCAGUCUCAGCAACACUGGAUACCUCACUUCAAGAACGCGUAGAAAACGCGUUACUGGGCUUUCUCCGCGAGCACAAGAUGGUGGAAUCCGUGUUCUACGAGGCGUGCGCACUGCUCAUGAUCAUUGGGAAAGCACGACUCUUCUGUACGAACUCACCCCAGUGCACAGUCAGCGUGCACGACCUGCGUACACGAUUACUCGACCCCCUCGUCAUGUUUCUGCUGCAAGAGUACCAGGCCCAGCUUGGCGAGGACGUCAACAAGCUGAACGGCGGUCGUUACAUUCUUCACUCCAGCCCCGAGGACCCUGAUCAAACCCAUAUUCCUCACGGUAUCACGUUCGCUCUGCGGCAUACUCAUACGACGGUGGCGUCCAACACGAUCAUAUCUUUUGAAGAAGGCUCGAGCUUCAUGACCUUUGGAUGUCAGACGAACCUGUUUGCCCGCGAGGACGAGUGCAAGUACUUCCUCCACCAGCGAGGGCCGAUCCCGCUCGAUCCAAGCGGCAGGAGCCACGGCGCACAGGCGAUGCUGAACAAGGUGAGCAUCUUGCAUUCCCUCGUACUUCACUCAACGGUCACUAUAUUGCCAACUGUACCUUUCCUUUGGCCUCCAGCUUGCCUGGAGGAUGCAGUCUGCAAUUCAACGUGACCCAAAGACGGGUAAAGUCGAGCUACCGGUGCGCUUCGGCAUCAUGAUGAGCACUCAUUUCGCCAUUCUGGCCGAGUCGGGUGAGUCGGAUUGGUCAUGACGAAUGAGCUUGCUCAUCCCUAAGUCACCUGCUGAUUUCCUCACAGUCACCAAUCCGAACAACGAUCAAGAAGUUGGCCUCAUUUAUACGCCAAUCUUUAAAAUUGGCACGACCCUUAUGGAUCGGGAUCGAUUUCCAUUUCAUUUUUGGCGAAAUCCAUUCCGCUUCUGUUCCUCGCCACUAUACUGGACUACCUUGUCAAUGUGCCACUUCCGUCCCACGAGUCCCUCAAAUCUCUAUUUGGUGCGAGGAGAGAUUCCGAUGGUCCCAGCCGUGAUUCCGGUGGCGGUGGGCAAGCUAGACAUGCCGAGGAAGGGGCCGAGAAACAACCAAGUGGAGGACUGGAGGACACGGGAUCCACGAAACCGAUCGCCUCUGACGUAUGGACCACCAAGGAGCUCGCUAUCCAGGCGAAAUUGAACACUACGGUGUGGCCGGUAAGCAAUCGCAAGAGGAUAUCAAUCCUUCAGUAUCUUCACCGAGGUCGGCAGUGCGCGGGGAGCUGACCACCCCUCCUAGGCUCUUAGGCGCGGAUAGUUCUUGGCAAGAAUGGAACAACCUGGGCAUACGUCUCGAAGCUGUUAUGUUCGAUGUCGUUGGCAAGCCGGGCAAAACCUUGGCAGCCCCCCGACACAGAACGAGUCAUCGCCUUAUCCCACUCUCCCCCGCGUUGUUGGCUUAUCUUUCGAAACCCCUGGGCGAACAGCGUGGACGUAAGAAGAGCUCUGUCACUUUGUCCAAUCUGAGGGAGAUCAAAGUCGACACUUUACCGCUCCUCGCUGCGGUGCAACUCCUGGGGAGAGGAGGAUUCGGCUCCGUGACCGCUGGUAAACUCGUACUCAACCCUCCCGGAUUCAAAGAUCCGGUUCUUAAGGAUGAGGAGGGCUCGAAGGCUCCUGAAGUAGACAGGUUACAAGCCGGAACACCUCGUGAGGGGAUUGCGGACUGCCCCAGCUCAAGCUCGAUCCCGACCGAUCGACCCGUGGCCAUCAAGCUUUUCGAAGACGACAAGCUGGAAGCCGGGAUCCGAAAAUCGCUCUUUUACGAACACAUUUUUCCGCUCCUCCCGAAAAAUGCGCGCGCGUUCCUUCCUGCUUAUUACGGAACCUUCCGAAGUGCUCGUGGCAAUUCGAUCGCUUUAAUUAUAGGUUACGGAGGGCGGCCAAUCCGACGGUCUGAGCGAUCGAACGAGGAACUCCAACAGAAGGUCGAGUGAGCUACACGGCUCUUGUAGUGUGUUCGCGGCUACUAUAGCUUGCUAAUCCGUCGGAGGUCCGUCUCUCCACAGCAACGCUUACUGUCUAUUCGACAAGCAUGGGGUCGAUCAUUCGGACCGGAAUCUCCGUAACGUGCUGCUGCGCGAAGACGGUUCGCUGUGCUUGAUCGACUGA